GUGGACCCUAGUGAUAUUAAUCUCGAGAUAUCCAACUCGACUUGCCGGAAUUUCUUUUUGUCUCGAGAAAUUCUGCGGGAAAUAUCUUGAGCCAUUCAAGAAAUCGUUCGUUCUUCCUGCGAUCCUCGACGAAGAGCGGCGGACUUGAAAUUUCCAGAGAUUCACAGCUUGUGGAGGUCUUGACAUUUAAGGGUGGCCGGAUGGGAACUCUACAAGGUCCAGUUGUUUGCCCUGCAGUUCGUUCGAAGCAAAUUGGAGUUUGUACUCUGCCAGUGAAUGGGCCUUUCAUGCAGGCUAGGUCUUUAAGAAAUGGAUUAUGGGGUUUUAAAGGAAGAUGCAGAGAUGGGGUUAAGGUGAGAACAUUUUUCCAACAAGGCCAAGUUGAGAAGUGCUGGAAAAUACAAUGCAGUUUCAGUUCUUCCUCAAAUGGAAAUGGCAGCAUGGCGGAGAAUUUCAACGAGAAAGAUGAAGAAUAUGUAAACUCCAGUGUGGUUGAAGCCGUUGAGGUAAAAAGUGGCCCAGAGGGGUUCAUGAUAAAAAUGCGAGAUGGAAGGCAUUUAAGGUGUGUUCAUAACAAUCCUCAAGGUGGUCAUCUACCGGAUUAUGCUCCACAUCCUGCUAUUGUACUGAAGAUGGAGGAUGGAAGUGAUCUUCUUCUUCCUAUAAUUGUCUUGGAGAUGCCGAGUGUCCUACUUAUGGCUGCAGUUCGCAAUGUCCAAAUUGCUAGGCCCACUUUAUAUCAAGUAGUGAAGGAAAUGAUCGAGAAGAUGGGAUAUGCAGUAAAACUUGUUCGAGUAACCAAGAGGGUUCAUGAGGCAUAUUUUGCUCAGUUGUACCUUACAAAGGUUGGCGAGGAAACAGAAUGUGUCAGCUUUGACCUCCGACCUUCAGAUGCUAUUAAUAUUGCAGUAAGAUGCCAGGUGCCCAUACAAGUUAACAAGUACUUGGCAUCCAGUGAUGGAAUGAGGAUUGUUGAACCUGCAAAGAUGGCAGCACAGCCCCCUCUUUCAGAUGGCUUCUUGUUCACAGAACUGGAUAGGCCUGAUGGGCAGCCUUGUGUUGAAACCAAGGAGUUUGGUCUGGUCCGCAACAUGCUAAUUGCUGCUGUCGAAGAACGUUACAGAGAUGCAGCUCAGUGGAGGGACAAGCUUUCUCAACUCCGUUCCAGAAAGAAGAACUGGGCAUGACAGGGGGGGCAUGCAAGUAUGUAAAUAGAAGUUACUGUUCAAAGCAGAGAAGAUCAGCCAAUUAGCAAGGAUGUAUCAUUGCAUCUUCCGGUCGCCUUGUGUUGUGUAUGGAUGCUUGUGAAUAUAUGUAUAGGUACACAUCUAUAUAAUGUUGGAACAUGAACAUAUCUUUUGUUUUGCC